AUUGGUUGAUCUCGCGUUUGGGAAAUCACGUGGGUUAGAAUGUUUUGGAUCGUUCGUUUCAGCAAAACAGGUUGAUAUUUGCGUGAUAAGUGUUAGAACUGGUUCAAACCUGCUUUACAUUGAGUCAGUUUGCGAGACAUGUAUCGUAUAAUCCAAGGAAUCGGUCCUAAACGAUCGUUACAGUUUGUCAAGAAAGCAGCGAGAAGUUUAACGACCUUUAGAGAUCACUUUCCUAAGAACGAUGAUUUUUCGAAUCGUCAUAUUGGACCAACUGAAGAAGAAGCAUACCAAAUGAUCAAGUAUCUUGGCUUAAAGGAUAUAGACGAAUUAACUAAUCGAACUAUACCUGACAAUAUCAAACUAACAAGACCAUUGAACCUUGAAGAGCAAUUAGAUGAGCCAGAAUUAAUAUCCCGUUUGAUGAAAAUAGCUGAAAAUAAUAAAGUUUGGCGAUCCUACAUGGGGAUGGGCUAUUAUAACACCCAUGUACCCAAUACUAUUUUGCGAAAUAUGUUUGAAAACCCUGGCUGGACAACGCAGUACACGCCUUAUCAGCCAGAAAUAUCUCAAGGACGUUUAGAAGGUCUAAUAAACUAUCAAACUCUUGUUUGCGAUAUGACAAAAAUGGAAAUUGGAAAUGCAUCUUUACUAGAUGAAUCUACGGCAGCUGCUGAAGCAGUUGCAUUAUGCCACAGACAAACAAAACGAAACAAAUUUAUUAUUGAUUCGAAAUGUCAUCCUCAAACAAUAGCCGUCUGUUUAACACGAUCUUUACCCUUAGGAAUAGAUAUAGAUAUUGUUGAUCGUGACAAGAUGAUUUUUGAUAAAAAAGUGGCAGGAUUUCUACUUCAGUACCCAGACACUGAAGGAACCGUACAUGACAUGCAAAAUCUUGUCGAGGAGGCUCAUAAACAUCAAUGUUUAGCUGUUUGCGCAACUGAUCUACUUGCUUUAACGGCUCUUAAACCUCCUGGUGAAUAUGAUUUCGAUAUAGCACUUGGUUCAACUCAACGAUUUGGCGUUCCUCUCGGAUACGGAGGUCCGCAUGCUGCCUUUUUUGCUGUAAAAGAUAAAUUUAAAAGAUUAAUGCCAGGUAGAAUGGUGGGAGUGUCGAGAGAUUCAAAUGGAAAAGAUUGCUAUCGACUUGCUCUACAAACCAGAGAACAACACAUUCGAAGAAAUAAAGCAACGAGCAACAUUUGCACAGCACAAGCCCUGCUAGCUAAUAUGUCUGCUAUGUAUGCAGUUUAUCACGGACCUAAAGGUCUAAAACACAUUGGUACUAGAGUUCAUAAAGCUACAUGCGUCCUCGCGGCAGGACUUAGAAAAACAGGUCAUGUAAUAGAAAAUGAACAUUUCUUCGAUACCCUACACAUUCGACCGGUUUAUACUCCCUCUGAAAUUAUGAUUAAAGCUAAUCAGAAAAAAAUCAACUUGAGAUAUUUUGAAAACGGCAAUAUUGGUGUUUCUUUGGAUGAGACUAUCGAAGAUGAAGAUGUAAGAGAUCUUUUAUGGAUUUUUGGUUGUGAAAUCCCUUUGGAAGAUUUAAUUAAAGAGGAAGAAAAUUUAACUGAAAAAUUAAAGCACAGCCGUACAUCAUCUUUUCUGGAACAUGAAGUUUUUAAUAAAUAUCAGUCAGAAACUGAAAUAGUGAGAUAUAUGAAAAUCUUAGAGAAUAAAGAUUUAUCUUUAGUUCAUUCAAUGAUCCCUCUUGGAUCGUGUACGAUGAAAUUGAAUAGUACAACGGAAAUGAUGCCUAGCUCUUGGCCGGCUCUAUCUAGUAUUCAUCCCUUCGCACCUAUUGAACAAGCUCAAGGUUAUUUACAAUUGUUUUUGGACUUUGAAAAAGAUUUGUGCGAGAUUACAGGCUACGAUAAGAUUUCAUUUCAACCAAACAGCGGAGCUCAAGGUGAAUAUGCAGGUUUAAGGACAAUUAAAGCAUACCUGGAUGAUAAUGAUCAGAAGCAUAGAGUGGUCUGUCUUAUACCUGAAUCUGCUCAUGGUACGAAUCCGGCUAGUGCAAAAAUGGCAGGAAUGGAUGUUAUAGACAUUAAAGUUAAUAAACAAGGUGGAGUUGACAUGCUCGACUUGAAAAACAAGGCAGAAGAGUGGAGUGACAAAUUAGCGGCGUUGAUGAUAACUUAUCCAUCAACUAACGGUGUUUUUGAUAAAGAAAUUAGAGAAAUUUGCGAUUUAAUUCACCAUCUUGGUGGUCAAGUAUACUUAGAUGGAGCAAAUAUGAAUGCCCAGGUUGGUUUGUGUAGACCUGGUGAUUAUGGAUCGGAUGUUUCUCACUUGAAUUUACACAAAACAUUCUGUAUACCUCAUGGAGGAGGAGGGCCCGGUAUGGGUCCAAUAGGAGUAAAAGCUCAUUUAGCACCAUAUCUCCCAACUCAUCCAAUUGUUCGUCCAGCCGGAGCGAGGCAUCAAUCCUUUGGCACAGUUAGUGCUGCACCCUACGGUUCUAGUGCCAUUUUACCGAUUUCCUAUGCUUACAUAAAGCUAAUGGGGCCUAAAGGAUUGAAAAGAGCCACUCAAAUGGCUAUAAUAAACGCAAACUACAUGGCGAAGCGAUUGAGUAAACACUACAAAAUAUUGUUUACGAAUAAUGAAGGCUUUUGCGCACACGAAUUCAUAAUUGACUGCAGAAAUUUCAAAACAUCAACUAAAAUUGUUGCUACUGAUAUUGCUAAAAGACUACAAGAUUACGGAUUCCAUGCCCCUACAAUGUCUUGGCCAGUGUCAGAUUGUUUGAUGAUUGAGCCAACUGAAAGUGAAAGCAAAUCUGAAUUAGAUCGUUAUUGCGACGCGUUGAUUUCAAUUCGUAAAGAAAUCGAUAUGAUAGCCGAAGGUAAAUUAGACUUGCAUGACAAUCCGCUAAAGCGAUCACCUCAUACAAUUCAAGACGUUACGGCUUCGGAAUGGAACAGGGCGUAUUCUAGAGAAAUGGCUGCUUUUCCAGCCGAGUUUGUUAAUCCCACUUCAAAAUUCUGGCCACCGGUUGGACGAAUUGAUGAUAUAUAUGGUGAUUCACAUUUUCAAUGUAGAUGUCCUCCUGUGACGACAUACAAAUCAGCCUAUUUGGAUUAG